AUGUAUUGGGACCGGAUUAAGGAUGAUAGCUUUGAAUAUAAUAGCAUAUUAAGCGACAGAGACUCUGUAUUAUUUGUUAAUACGACAGGUUGUCGCAUACAAGGGACGAAAUCUUUUUCGGACACAGCUAUUUCUUUCAUAAAGCCGUUCAAACCAGUUGUCUGCCCAAGGAUACCGCUUUUUAAAGCCGAGACUAUUGGAGGUAGGAAUUAUUUAAUCCUAAACAUCUCAGAAUCUGAACUUUUUUCAUUUUCUCGUGUGAAGCGUUGGAGACAUGUUUCCUGUGUGUAUCGGGAAUUCAUUAGAGUUCACGACUUCCUAAACAAGUACGUCUCCUUGCAGUUAUUCAUGCUAAAAGACCAGUUAAGCUACCUUGUGGGAGCUGGACAGCAAAACAUUCGCAUCUGGUGUUGGGUUGACUUUGCCAGGAUAAUAUUUAGUGACGUUCUGUUUUUCCUACCCCCUCCUGCAAUGCAGUCGAACACAUCGACAUCUAACGAACGCCUUUCAGUCAUGAUUCUGGGCCUUGAUUCAAUAUCCCACAUGCACUAUCAACGACACUUUCACAAAGUGUCACACUUUAUGGAACAUUUACCCCAUACCGAGUUUUGGGGCUACAAUCGUGUCGGUCGUAAUUCGUACCCCAAUCUGAUCCCUUUGCUAAGCGGUCAACACUUCUCAGAACUUGAAAAAUCUUGCUAUGCAGGAAAGCCAAGUUUCGACAAAUGUCACUUCCUAUGGGAUGAUUUCAAAGCGGCUGGUUACUCAACUGUAUUUAGUGAGGAUAACGAAAGCAUUGGCACUUUCACACACACAAAAAAGGGUUUUUGUAAGCAGCCUACCGAUUACUAUUUGCGUCCAGUAAUGGUCGAGAUCGAUUUAUUCACAACUUAUAAUACCGAUCAUAGCCUUGAGUGCUCCGGCCAUCGACUCUAUCAGGUUAUAUACUAUGACUUUAUAUAUAAGAUAAUGGCGCAUUUGCAACGAAGUCCUUUCUUCUCAUUUCUUUGGCACACCCAGGGCAUCCACGAUCAUUUCAAUUAUGCCAAGCUGGUAGACGAAGACUACUUAAGAAUUAUGCAGCACUUGAAAGUGCUGGGUAUUAUGAAUCACACAUUUAUUCUUGUAUUGGCCGAUCAUGGAUUCAGAAUGGAGGGAUUUCCGAAUACUGAGCAAGGCCAAAAAGAGAUUUCGCAACCUCUUCUUAUUGCCAUAUAUCCGGAAUGGCUUCCAAAGAGCUUCCCUCUUGCUAUUUACAAUCUGGAGAAAAACGCUCGGAGUCUGAUCACGACAUAUGAUUUGUACGAAACCCUGAAGGAUUUAAUUAAUCUUAAUGACCUAACCGACAUAAACGUGAUAAAACGAUCGCAAAAUUUGUCCAACAGUCGUGGAAUUAGCCUUUUUCUACCGAUUCCAGAGAGCAGAGAUUGUCGCAGCGCUGCAAUAUCGCAUCAUUACUGCCUCUGUGAGGAACUAUUCCCGAUUUCCACCUAUGAAAGUGCUGUUCAAGAGGCUGCUCAAUUUGUAGUUGCCAAGAUUAACGAGCUCAUCAAGCCGUAUCCCCAGUGUCAACAACUGGAGCUCAAAAAAGUUCGCGCUGCGUUUGGCUCAAACGGCGAAGCUGGACGAAAAACAGAGAUGUCGCAGAUUAUGGUCCGCUUGGAGACGACCCCUGGGGACGGCCACUUUGACGCCACCAUUCUGAGGACGUCACUUAAACUGGCUGGUGAGAGGUCUCUGAUAUUGGGUGGUCCCGUGACGAGGACCGACAAAUAUGGGCACCAGUCCUUCUGCAUACAAAAUCACCAAAUCGAAAUGUAUUGCUGUUGCGUAUAA